UUCCCCGACGGCUACGAGACCCAAGUCGGCGACCGCGGCGUGCAAGUGUCGGGCGGCCAGAAGCAGCGCAUUGCGAUUGCCCGCGCGAUCCUUCGCGACCCCGAGGUGUUGCUCCUCGACGAAGCCACGAGCGCGCUCGACAACGAGAGCGAGCGCAUCGUGCAAGCGUCGCUCGACAAGCUCUUGCAGCUCAAGAAGCGGACGACGAUCAUUGUGGCCCACCGGCUCACGACGAUCCAGAACGCCGACAUCAUUGCGGUCGCGAGCAAUGGCGUGAUUGCCGAGAAAGGCACGCACCACGAACUCAUGAAGAUUCCCAACGGCCUCUACGCCGCCCUUGUCUCGCGCCAGAUGCAGCAGCCCAAGUAA